GGUGGACGUUCUGACCGUGCCGAGCAUGUUCGCGCGGUUCGGAAGGGCCGACCAGUGGCUCACGCUGGACUUCCUGCGGGCCUACCAGGUGCCGCUGGCGUACGGCAGGCUGGAGGAGUUCGGCGUGACCGGCGGCAGCGCCAAGGGCGCCCAGUCACUGCGGCUGGAGGCGGCCCGGUUGGUGCUUCGGUCUCUGAUGCCCAUCUUCUGUUGCUCAUGCCUCGUGCUGGUGCUCGAGGUCCUCGGCGACCCGCCCUUCUUGAGCGAGGACCGGUUUAUCGUCACGGGCAUGGGAGACAUCGAUUUCUUCACCAUGAUUUACUGGGUUGUGGAGACUAUCUCGACGGUGGGCUACGGUGAGCUCGCGCCCACGACGGAGCUCUCGCGGGUGGCGACUUGUGUGUUCAUUUUCUCUGGCGUGGCUUUUCUGACCGUCGCCGCAACCAAAGUUAUGGACAUCAUCUCGAGGCAGAGGGAGGGCAGCGGGGCCUUGAAGAAGACGUCGCGCGGCCACGUCGUGCUCGUCGGGGGCGCCGUGAAGCACGCGGACGAGAUCAUGCUGACGGCGUUUAUAGAGGAGCUGUUCCACACCAGCUACAGGAACAACUGGCCCGACCUGGUGGUGCUGAGCCCCGCCGACAGCCUCCAGAGGGUGAUGUCCCUGUUCAAGGGCGUGCUGUCCCCGCAGGCGUGGCAGCGGCUGACCUUCCUCGCCGGCACGCCCCUGAGUGUGGCCGACCUAGAGCGGUGCUGCUGCGGCUCCGCGACCCUGGUGUGCAUCAUGGCGGACUCGAGGGGUCGGCAGGACCCGGAGGAGGAGGAUAAGGAGAACAUUCUGAGGGCGAUGGGCGUUCAGACCACCUAUCCCGACACGCCCCUCAGGUUAAUGCUGCUCAUGCGGAAGUCCCGGGAGAGGGCGCUGAGCCUGGGCAUCCACCGGCACUAUUGUUUCUCAGUGAAUGAGAUGAAGCAUGGCGUCUUUUGGCAGUCGUGCCGUUGCCUCGGUUGGAGUACCAUGCUCUCCAAUCUCAUGGUCACAACCGAGGUGAAUGAGACGCUCGUCAAAGAUGAGUGGCUCCAGAACUACAUUGUCGGCAUGGGCCACGAAGUGUACGGCUUCCUGCCUACGGAUGCUUUCCUUGGAAAGCCAUUCUCGUACUUGGUCCGAGAGGCGUACAAGAAAAACGGCAUUUGCGUUAUGGCCGCGCAAAUCAGAGGAGCCAUCGUUCUUGCCCCAUUCGGGCAGUUGAACGCGCUCACCCUGAGUAACCCCAUCUUUGCUCUCGCGCAGGACGAGGACUCCCUGCGUGGGAUUGCCCGCCAGAGCGAGGAUUUGGACUGGCGCAAAGUGUUCCUGAAGAAUCGGUCCAAGAGCUGGCAGCGUUCGAAUACCUACAAUAGCACAGGCACCUCGCCCCUGGAUCUCCAACGAGCAGCGGCGACCAUGGACGAAGACGCGAUGGAUAUGGCGAGAACGAGCGCUAGCAUUGGAACCAUGCUGGAUGGUAAACAAGAGUUCCGUGUUCGACGCGAAUUGGAAUCGAUUCAAAACACCUCAUGGUCAGAUCAAUUGAACGGAGGCCACGGUGGUGAGGAUGAACUGAACAGCUCCGAGACGGACGACAAUAGCGCCAGGGAAAAGCUGGACGGCGAACGGAAAGUGGAGUUGCAGAAGCUCAAGUUCCGGGCAAAGGAGUUCCGGAGGGCCGCGAAGGACGGCGAGACACCCUUCAUAUUGUUGCUCGAGAUAUCUGGCGACUGGUCGCAGAUCCUACCACUCAUCCAGCACAGCCGCGCGGAUUACCUACCCGUUUGUAUGCCAAUCGUCGUGCUCUGCAGGCAUCCUCCACCAGAUAAAAUCAUCAAACAGUGGCUCGACUAUGAAGACACAUUGGCUUUCGUGGAGGGCACCCCAAAUGACGUCGUUCAUUUGGAGCGCGCGGGCAUCAAGGAGUGCAGCACUGUUGUUUGCCUGCAGGCCGGAGGAAGACGAAUGCAAGUGGAGGAAUUUAGCGAUAUGGUGGACAUCGACGUCAUCAUGCUACACCGCAUGAUCACGAAUUUGAGUAUCGCCCACAAGAGCGCCAUCUUCGAGUUCAGACUUAUGAAGAACAUAUUCCUACUCGGAAGGCCACACGCGCCCCCGGACGACGUGGAGACGCCCGGGCGCUUGUUGGCGGGCGUUACGAUGCAGGGGCAGCAGCAGCCUGAGCCCGAGGACCACAAAGCGUACCUGGACCCAGUCUAUGCGUCGGGGCAGGUGUUCACUCCCCAGGUGCUGGCUGGCCUGCUUGGGCUCACGUUCCACACGCCGGGGUUGCUCGAGGUGAUGUCGGCGCUGAUGAUCCCGGACGGCGGGGACAGCGACAGCGUGGUGCCGUGGCAGAGCCGUGUCGAGCACAGCAGAGUGGGCGAGACCUACGGGCGGCUGUUCGAGACCAUGGCCUGCCAGGAGCCCCCCGCGCUGCUGCUCGGCCUCUACCGCGGGUGCGGCAUGCCCGAGGGCGGCGGCAACUCUGGCUACGUGUGGACGAACCCGCCUGCUGGGACUCUCUUGGUACAGACAGACGUGCUCUUCCUGCUGGCGGAGCGAGGGUACGGCGAGAUGCUGCACAGUAGGGGCCUGCUGGUCGGAAGCGCCUCCAAGCCGCGCAUGCGGAGGUCCUCCAGCAACACCUGACGGCGUCUGGGAUGGCGCCAGCAGAACACGUCGGCCGACCUUGGCUGGGCCAUUCCUGGGCCCAGGAUUGGCGCAUCGAAGACAUGGCGACGAAGACCGGCAGAAGUUCGUGCCCAUUUUGAGUAGGGAUUCGCUGUCGACGUCGCCGAGGACGUUGUACACUUGAGGCAAAAGUCUCCUGUCCAAGCGGUUUUGGACAACAUUCGUUAUUGUACAUCGUACCCUUGUUUUCCGUACCCAGCUCGGGCGUGUCAAAUCAUGGUUUCUUGGCUUCGCCAGGGAAAGGCACCGAUCCUGGGCCCAGGAAAGGCCGGGUCCGGAUCAGCGCCAGUGUCCCGAUGGCGUCCUCCGCCCCAGGGGGCCAGAAGAGCGGUGCGAUUCGCGCCCAGACGUGACGCAGCGAGCGCCGUGAAAGUUCGGCGGGGAGGCAGCACAAGUCCAGAGGCCGCCCUUCUGGCAGGCAGGCGCCCGGCGCGAUCUCUGCUAUUGUCAAGCCGCGUAGUAAGGAUGGGCACCCUUCCCAACGGUACAUUUGCAUCCUUG